UGUCAUUUGGACUUUUGUCCGCCUCUCUGUUUUUUGCGCCCUCGCUUCUGUGGCGGCUCGCCAUGGGUUUCCAUGUCGCCAAUGUUCCUGUCCUGCUGUCCUGCUGUCCUGUCCUUGUGCUUUGGUUGAAUCAAUUUGGAUCGCCAUUUGUGAUAUCAGAUGAUGAUCCUGAUGAAGCCCGUUCCAGUGACGGCCAAGAAUUCACCUCCUGGUCGUCGCCCCAGCCCUCGCGAGACCUCUAUGCAGAUCUGCUCUUGGAUUCCCCUGAUCCUCCUCGGAAACGUUCUUCAUCCGUUCUGUCAAGUCCACCAGGUGUCUCCACGUUCCGAAGCAACCCUUCAGCGAUAUUGUCCUCGGCUUCUCAGAAGAGAUUCACAAGUCCUCCUGCCACCCGUCUCGCUCGCUCGCCUCAAAUCGCCAGUGGCGCCCGUCUUCAUUCUGACCCUCGUUUGGCCUUUGAACCCUGGCUGAACGACGCUGUUGAUUCUGACGAGCCUGGGAUUCACCCUGCGUCCUCGACCGUCGACCCGUCUCCGCUUUCCAGCCCAGCAUUCUCGGAAUUGCGCUGGGACGAUCCCGCCAGUCCCACGCGACCUCGAUUAGCGUCUGGGUGCCCUGCCCUGACCCUGGAUGCAAUUCUUGCUCAAGAUCGAUGGGGAGUGGAUAUUAGCGGACAGCCGGGCAAGAAAAUCGUCGGUGCUGGCAAAGCUCUAUCCCCAGAUCACUUUCGUCGCAUGGGAUGUGGGCUUUCCCUACCAGUUCAGAACCCAUCAAAGCUCAUCUCGCCGCGCAAGCAGUCUUCACCCUCCAGUCGAAAUCGUACUCGUCGUGCGGAUGUGCAGGUUCACGAAAGCUCCCUCGCCGACGGAUACCGCCAUCACAGCCUCGACAAUUCCAGGCAAAUCGAGCAAGGCGCCUCGCCAAAGAAACGGCGGCGAAAGGAUCAGGGCGUUUCUGGAUCAUCGGAGCUUACCGAGAAGCAACAAAAGCGUUUGGCUGAUCAACGCAUGGCUGCUGAGGAAAAGAAGAAGCAGGCCCAACUCAAGCACAUCAACACCAAAUGGGAUGCGCGGACAGCCUGCUCCGAAAUGACGGUUCAAAUCGAUCGACAGCUCGUGUCGACUGUGCGCAUGCUUGAUCGACUCAAGGAAGCACUUCAGGAACUUGGUGCCCGUGUUGAGAUAUGUGACCAUCGGCCCGCCAAUAUCAUCUGCUGGAAGCGGGAUUCUGCCCGAAGCUGGUCUCCGGCCCGCAAGAUGUUUGUGCCUGUGCCGACCUCGGGACUCGAGAAGCACGUUGUCUACUGGCUCAACGCCGCCGAAUAUGCACAGCAAGUCAAAGACGGCUGCUUUGUCGACAAGUUCGAAGAGCUCCGACGAUGCUUCCCAGACUGCAGCGUCCACUAUUUUAUCACGGGCCUGGAACAGUACUUUCGGAAAGCCAACCUCAUUGCGAGCCACUCGCUCCCUGAGCAAGCUGCACGAUCGUCAGGCAAUCGCUCCCGGCGACAGAGGCAUUCUGCCGGCGUGGGCGAUGUGGUCGCUCGGAGUCAGAUCGAAGAGUCGCUGCUGAGGCUGCAGAUCAACGGGAGCGGCCGCUGUUUCAUCACUCUGCUCGCCGAGCACGAGGCAGAGGGAUGGAUUGUCGGGCUCACAAAGGCGCUGGCCACCAGGGUCCAAAAGAUGGCGCUACGAGAUGCACUGUCGGGUCUCAAUGCCGAUCCACGAGCAGCCCGCCGAUCCGCUGCGUCGUUGAGCGAAGCCUGGAUGCAAAUGCUUCAGCUCAUCCCUGGGGUUGGCGAGAACAAGGCCUCUGCGAUUGCCCGCAAGUAUCCGUCGCUCUCGCUGUUGAUGUCCGCUUACGAAUCGCUGGAGGUGUCCAAGGCCAGACAGCUGCUUGCCAGUCUCGAGUAUGUGGUUCCAAAAUCAGGAAAUACCAAAUCCAUAGGUGCCAAGGUCGCCGCCCGCAUCCACCACGUCAUAACCGCGAAGGUUUCGGAUGAGCAGCCAAUAAAAUCCAUUUAGUGCUCGAG